AUGCCCGAGUCGGUGCAGCCUCCACAAGGACCUAAAAUCAACUGCCACGUGCGGAUGGCCCUGGUCGGAAAUGUUGUGGACGCGUGGCCAAGAGGUCUGGGUGUUGUCCAAGCUCUGGACCCUUUGGAGGACCCGGCCUUCCCAGCUGUCAUCCACGACAAGCUGCAGGUCCCCAACACCACCCGCAAGGCCUGGAAUGACAGGGACAACCGCUGUGACAUUUGUGCGACGCACCUGAACCAGCUGAAGCAGGAGGCCAUCCAGAUGGUGGUGACCUUGGAGCAGGCAGCGGGUAGCGAGCACUACGACGGCUCCCCCGGCUCGCCCCCACCCCUGCCCAGCAUCCCCGCGCUGGGGGGGUCCCGGCACGGGGGCGGGCUGCCGCAGCCCCGGGACUGGGCCUUCGUGCCCGCCUCCUACGCCUCCUCCAACUACGCGGCCUUCGUCACCAGCAAGCACAGCGGCAAACCCAGCAGCCUCGGCAUCAGCAAUGGGGCCGAGAAGAAGAGUGUGUCCCCCACCCAUCAGGCCAAGGUCAGCCUCCAGAUGGCCACCAGCCCCAGCAAUGGGAACAUCCUCAACUCCGUGGCCAUCCAGGCUCACCAGUACGUGGAUGGCACCUGGUCCCUGUCAAGAACCAACGGGGUCACCCUGUACCCCUACCAGAUCUCCCAGCUAAUGACAGAGACGGGCCGGGAGGGCCUGUCCGAAGCGGCGCUAAAUCGCUACAAUGCAGACAAGCCGUCCUCCUCCGGCGUCCCGGCCUCGCAGGGCUCCUGCGUGGCCACUGAGACCUCCACGGGCACCUCCGUGGCCGCGUCCUUCUUCGCAAGAGCCGCCCAGAAGUUGAAUCUGUCCUCUAAGAAGAGGAAGCACCGACCUUCCACCUCCGUGGCCGAGCCCCCGCUCUUCGGCACCAGCUUCAGCGGCAUCCUGCAGACCUCCCCGCCCCCCGCUCCACCCUGCCUGCUGCGGGCUGUUAGCAAGGUGAAGGACACGCCGGGCCUGGGCAAG